GGAGCAGGUAUCUGGCUUACGUAAUCCACGAUGUGAUGGACCCGAUUGUAACCUGUCACACCUAUCCGGGUGCUAACCAGCUGAGAUCCCCCUCAACUCCCUCGCAACAAAGACAAGAGUUGCCACUACGCCCCUCCACGCCGGACGAUAGGCAUGUAUUAGAACCAUCGUUAUUAUACCAUGAUAUAGAAACAUAUAUAUUCACCAUACUUAUCUGCUGCAAGCCCCAGUCGACACAGUAUCUCUUCCACCAAACCACAGGCGACUGCGGCACCACAGCACCUCCAAGAUGGCGGCCAAGUCACUCAUCCCGUUGCUCGUAGCCAUGAUGCUGCUCACAGGCUGCUGCAACACUCUAUUCACCAAAUACCAAGACAACCAAUGCGUCUCCAACUGCGACGACCCCAACCCCGACAACCGCAAACACUUCGAGCAGCCCGUCAUCCAGACCGCGCAGAUGUUCAUUGGCGAGAUGGGCUGCUGGCUCGUCGUCGGGGUCUUUUCUCUAUACCAGCGAUUCGCGGGUGAGCGCGCCGAGGAUCAAGGGCCGGAUUACCACGCUAUCCAUGAGGAUGAUGAGGAUGCGAGGGAGGCAGAUGAGGAGAGUCUGAGGAAUCCGGCUGUGAGGGUCCUGACGAAGGAUGCGGAGGGGAGGUUGCCACUUACGGGGUGGAAGAUCGCGAUGUUGGCGCUGCCAGCUACGUGUGAUAUCUUGGGUACUACGCUUAUGAAUGCGGGCUUCCUGUUUGUAGUGGCGUCGGUGUAUCAGAUGACGAGGGGAAUGUUGGUGAUUUGGGUGGGCAUAUUCAGCGUGGUUUUCUUGAAGAAGAAGUUGUACCUGUUCCAGUGGUGUGCGCUUGCCACCGUGGUGCUGGGUGUUACUCUCGUUGGGCUGGCUGGGUCGUUGCAGGCUGAAGACGUCACCAAGCCCGCUUCGGUUUUGGAGGGAGCUAAGAAUGCUGCAGUCAUCAUAUGGAGAGUUACAUCGACACCAGAUGCUAUUAGCACGAUGAUUGGAGUAUUCCUUAUUGCGGGCGCCCAGAUCUUCACAGCGACGCAGUUUGUGCUGGAGGAGUUUAUCCUGGAGAAAUAUGCACUUGAGCCGCUUAGGGUGGUGGGCUGGGAGGGGAUCUUUGGAUUUACGUUCACGGCUUUGGGGAUGCUGGUCCUUCACUUGGCUAUUGGUAGGACGCCGGAGGGGCAGCUGGGGUACUUUGAUGUGGUGGAGGGGUUGAGGCAGAUGUUUUAUAACAAGCAGAUCCUUAUCUCGAGUGUGCUGAUUAUGAUCAGUAUUGGCGGAUUUAACUUCUUCGGCCUCUCAGUGACGAGGAGCGUGAGCGCGACCUCGAGAUCCACGAUCGAUACAUGCCGCACACUCUUCAUCUGGAUCGUAUCCUUGAGCCUUGGAUGGGAGCGCCUCGGGCCAACAACGCUGCUCCAAGUAGCCGGCUUCUGCCUCCUCGUGUACGGCACGUUCCUCUUCAAUGGUAUCGUGCAACCCCCACUACGUCGCUGCAUGGUCUCGCAUCCCGUCGAGGAACUGCUGCCAGAGGAGCCAAUAGAGCAUAUCUAAGGCGGGGCAUGAGGCUGAGGGGAGGUCGCGGAUGACGCGUCUGAUCGGGUGAUGGCACGGCCUAUUGGCACUGUUGACUUACGUACACACUUUACGAACAUCUAGCGUGUUGGAGGGGUACCAAGGGGUCGUCAUCCUACUCUAACACACCAUCAGCCAAUAAAUCCUGCUCCUCCUCCGAACUUCAGAUUGGGCGCGCCGCCGAAUUUUGUUUUUUUGUGUUGUCGUAGUUUAGAGUCCCUUACAUCUUCGCUAGCUCGUCUUGUGCUGCUGUUUGCACCACCGGACUGGGAUGCACUGGCUGCUCGUGACGUCGGAUGAGGCUUAUGAUUAGGCUAAGCAGAUGGCGGCGGGGGGAGUAGCGUGACACUGUGCGCCGGCGCGAAGGAUGUACAGUACAACACAUCGCAUAUAACUGCACUGCACGUCUGGAAGGGCGGCCACACUAGGGAAGGGGUUCUUUUUUUACAAGUUUGACAGGUUUUAUUCAACUUGUUGGUUGUGCACGAGACGAGGUGGGUUGGUUGAGAUUUUCAGCCGCAGGGCAGGGCGGUUGGGUUGGGAUGGGAGGGGGAGUGAUCGACUUAAGCUGCACUUUGGGGCGGAGUGAUACAUGGGAGCAACG